GCGACACUGGGGACGAGUCGAUCGAUUCCAAGAGAUGCGACAGUUGGGGGCAGAUGUAGGGAUGGGACGGGGGUCAGGUACAGGGGAGGCUGCUGAGAGGAUAGAGGCUUUAGGGCUGCUUUGGGACCUGAGCCUGGGGAAGUACCAAGAGGCGGCUAAGAUAUAGGGGGCGGGGCUGUGCGGGCGGAUUCCUCGAGGGGUGGGGCAGCAGCAUCCUAGAGGCUGAGAGGAAGGUUCUGCCUUGGAGAAUUGCGGCCUUUGGGAAGAAGCAAGGAGUGUGAAACUAUGGGAUAGAAAGGAGGGAAGUUUCAGUCAAAGCUAAUGGAAAAAUGAAGACAAGACAGGAGAUAAGGAUGAGGAGAAAGCACAUGGUGAUGAGUUUCCGGGUGUCUGAGCUUCAGGUGCUUCUUGGCUUUGCUGGCCGGAACAAGAGUGGACGGAAACACGAGCUUCUGGCCAAAGCCUUGCACCUCCUCAAGUCCAGCUGUGCUCCCAGUGUCCAGAUGAAGAUCAAAGAGCUUUACCGCCGACGCUUUCCCCGGAAGACCCUGGGGCCCUCUAAUCUCUCCCUGCUCUCUCUGCCACCUGGCACCUCUCCUGUAGGCUCCCCUGGUCCUCUAGCUCCUAUUCCCCCGGCCCUCUUGGCUCCUGGUACCCUGCUGGGCCCCAAGCGUGAGGUGGACAUGCAUCCCCCUCUGCCGCAGCCUGUGCACCCAGAUGUUACCAUGAAACCAUUGCCUUUCUAUGAAGUCUACGGGGAGCUCAUCCGGCCCACCACCCUUGCAUCCACUUCUAGCCAGCGAUUUGAAGAAGCGCAUUUUACCUUUGCCCUCACACCCCAGCAAGUGCAGCAGAUCCUUACAUCCAGAGAGGUUUUGCCAGGAGCAAAAUGUGAUUAUACCAUACAGGUGCAGCUAAGGUUCUGUCUCUGUGAGACCAGCUGCCCCCAGGAGGAUUAUUUUCCCCCCAACCUCUUUGUCAAAGUCAAUGGGAAACUGUGUCCCCUGCCGGGUUACCUUCCCCCAACCAAGAAUGGGGCUGAGCCCAAGAGGCCCAGCCGCCCCAUCAACAUCACACCCUUGGCUCGACUGUCAGCCACUGUUCCCAACACCAUCGUGGUCAAUUGGUCAUCUGAAUUUGGACGGAAUUACUCCUUGUCUGUGUACCUGGUGAGGCAGUUGACUGCAGGGACUCUUCUACAAAAGCUCAGAGCAAAGGGUAUCCGGAACCCAGACCACUCCAGGGCACUGAUCAAGGAAAAAUUGACUGCUGACCCUGACAGUGAAGUGGCCACUACAAGUCUCCGGGUGUCACUCAUGUGCCCGCUAGGGAAGAUGCGCCUGACAGUCCCUUGUCGUGCCCUCACCUGCGCCCACCUUCAGAGCUUCGAUGCUGCCCUUUAUCUACAGAUGAAUGAGAAGAAGCCAACGUGGACAUGUCCUGUGUGUGACAAGAAAGCUCCCUAUGAAUCUCUCAUCAUUGAUGGUUUAUUCAUGGAGAUUCUUAAUUCCUGUUCGGACUGUGAUGAGAUUCAGUUCAUGGAAGAUGGAUCCUGGUGCCCAAUGAAACCCAAAAAGGAGGCAUCUGAGGUUUGCCCCCCACCAGGGUAUGGGCUGGAUGGCCUCCAGUACAGCCCAGUGCAAGAGGGAAAUCCAUCAGAGAAUAAGAAGAAGGUUGAAGUCAUUGACUUGACAGUAGAAAGCUCAUCAGAUGAGGAGGAUCUGCCUCCGACCAAGAAGCACUGUUCUGUCACAUCCGCUGCAAUCCCAGCCCUACCUGGAAGCAAAGGAGGCUUGACGUCUGGUCACCAGUCAUCCUCGGUGCUGCGGAGCCCUACUAUGGGCACAUUGGGUGGGGAAUUCCUGCCAGGUCUCCCACUCCAUGAGUAUCCACCUGCCUUCCCACUGGGAGCGGACAUCCAAGGUUUAGAUUUAUUUUCUUUCCUUCAGACUGAGAGUCAGCACUAUGGUUCCUCCGUCAUCACCUCGUUAGAUGAACAGGAUGCCCUUGGCCACUUCUUCCAGUACCGGGGGACCCCUUCCCACUUUCUGGGCCCACUGGCCCCCACUUUGGGGAGCUCUCACCGCAGUUCCACUCCAGCACCUCCUCCUGGCCGUGUCAGCAGCAUUGUAGCCCCUGGAGGGGCCUUGAGAGAGGGGCAUGGAGGACCCCUGUCCUCAGGUCCCUCUUUGACUGGCUGUCGGUCAGACAUCAUUUCCUUGGACUGAAUUCCUUGGAUUAUGGAAACUUCACUGCCCCCCAACACUGAGCAAGUAUGCUGUGGAGUCCGGACCCCUGGCUACUCUGACUCCUCACAGGGGUUUUGGCCAAAGGCCGAAUAGACCUUCAUGGAUGCUUACUUCUGGCCUCUUCUCUGCCUAACAAGGCUAGCACCCAAAGGGUUAAUAUUUUAACCUCUUUUUAAGGACAUUAGGGUCUAUUUUUGGAAAUGUUCUUUAGAUGGUGGCACAUUCCUUUGGGUAUGUUAACUUGGGCAGUGGGAGGCAAAUGGGAUGGGAUGUGAAGUGGAGGAAGGGCCGAAUCCUCAGCCUUGACUAUGUCUAGAGCCUUUUGGAGAAGGGGUCCCUGUUUUGUCCCUCAGAUGCCCUCUUUCCCCAAACCCCAAACCAUGGCUCUGUUUCUUCUCUUAUGUCCAUUGUGUCCUCAUGGUCAUUCCAUUCCCUUUGACCACACAGACAGAUGGAGAAAUUGAGAUAGGCAGUUUCAGAGAUGACAGAGAACUUUAUUUUGGGUUGUGGAUUUUUUGUACAUAAACAAGAAAAAUCAAAAUACUCCAAAGAUGACUUCCCUGCCUCUGACUUCCAGUAUGACUGAGGAAGAGAUAAGACCUUAGCCAUGUGACCCCCAAGGGUUUGGGGCAGGACCAGCCUAUUGCCUGGGUCUCUAUUUAUAUAUUUAAGUUCACAAUGUUUCUUAUGCCAACGGGCGUGGGACCUAAGCUUCUAGAGGCCCGUGGCCUUGUGGUUAGGCCUGGCUUAUUCUGCACCUUUCUGGGGAGGUGGUGGACUCCUGUGCCCUCCUUUCCAAUCUCCUUUUCAGGCUUCUCUAGGGCCCAGGAUCUAUGCUGUAAUUUUACUUUUUCCCAAAGUUGUAGCAAAGUUCUCACCCAUAAUAAAGAUUGUGAAUGUUCAAAAAAAAAAAAAAAGAA